UCUGUCUUCUAAGUUUAAUCCGCACUGGCUUUUGUUUUACACUUGUAAUAAUCAACAUCAUACUUCCAAAACUCAACAACAAACUUUGGCCAUAUUAUUAUACUAACAUCCAAAUUUUGGUUCUCCGAUUCAGACCGCAAUUAGUCCACGAAUCCCUUGUAUACUGUUUUUUGUAAUUAGCUUUUGGCCAUGACUUUCUCUUCAUUGUUUUCCCGUUUACGUUCUUGCUCAAAACCCAUUUGCAUUAAUCUACAGCGAACUUCAAUUUUCCAGAGGCCCCAAAUUCCAUCUUCUAGCCUUGCAGAACCUGUAAUUUGCUCUAGAAAACCCUCUUCAAAUAAUUCAUGGAUUGCUUCUUUAAUCCCUUUAGCCUUUGCUGUCUCUGCUGGUUCUCUUGCUCUCCACUCACACUCACUCUGUCUCAGUGAUGCUCCACUUUUUGACCCAAAUAGUGUGAAAAUUGGUGGCAAAGAUAGCACAAAUUAUGUGGUAAAAGGUUAUCAUAGGGAAAUUCCUCCACAGCUUAUAGAAGAGUUGAAGGCAAUUUGCCAGGAUAACAUGACAUUGGAUGAAGAUGAGAGAUACGUUCAUGGGAAGCCACAGAACAGCUUCCAUAAAGCAGUAAACAUCCCUGAUGUCGUAGUUUAUCCAAGGUCUGAGGAGGAGGUGUCUAAGAUAGUUAGGUCUUGCAACAAGCACAAGGUCCCUAUUGUGCCCUACGGAGGAGCUACCUCUAUUGAGGGACACACCUUAUCUCCCAACGGCGGUGUUUGCAUUGAUAUGACAUUGAUGAAUCGUGUUAAAGCUUUGCACGUUGAGGACAUGGAUGUGGUGGUUGAACCAGGCAUUGGAUGGAUGGAGCUCAAUGAGUACUUGAAGCCCUAUGGUCUCUUUUUUCCCCUUGAUCCUGGACCUGGGGCAACUAUCGGGGGAAUGUGUGCUACACGGUGCUCUGGUUCUUUAGCUGUGAGGUAUGGUACAAUGCGGGAUAACGUCAUCAAUCUUAAGGUUGUUCUAGCUGAUGGAGAAGUUAUGAGGACUGCAUCUCGUGCCAGAAAAAGUGCUGCUGGGUACGAUUUGACACGCCUGAUGAUUGGAAGUGAAGGCACUUUAGGCGUUAUAACUGAAAUAACCUUGCGCUUGCAGAAACUUCCACAGUCUUCAGUGGUUGUAAUGUGCAACUUUCCAACAAUUAAAGAUGCUGCAGACGUUGCUAUAGCCACUAUGCAUUCUGGUAUACAGGUGUCAAGAGUGGAGCUCUUGGAUGAAGUUCAAGUGAGAGCAAUCAAUCUUGCAAAUGACAAAAAAUUGCCGGAGGUUCCAACUUUGAUGUUUGAAUUUGUAGGCACAG